GUGCAAUAAUAUAAAUAAGCAAAGUGCUAAUGACUAUACUUUAAUUAUUUGUGCAUUCAGUUGUAUAGUGCAGAAGACAUUGAAGAUUUAAAAUUUUACGAUUCGAAGCUUCAGUUGACGAAAAUUCGAAAUGUUUCGUCUUUUCUUAAUGGCCACAGCGCUUUUUGUGCUGAUCGAUGCACAACUCCAGAGGAUUCAAUUGCACAAGAUGGAUCCUAUUCGAAAACGUUUGAGAAAAAUUGGCAUCGACUUGCAACAAAUUAAUUUUACUAAAAGUAAUCCUUCAUCGCAAUCUUUAUACAACUAUCUAGACUCUGAAUACUAUGGCAAUAUUACUAUCGGAACUCCACCGCAACAAUUUAAAGUAUUAUUCGAUACUGGUUCCUCAAAUCUUUGGAUACCCUCUAUAUUGUGUAGCACAGCCAAUGUUGCUUGCGCAUUACAUAAUAAAUAUGAUAGUACAAAGUCCAGAACAUACAAAGUGAAUAAUACUAUAUGUUCUCUUCAAUAUGAUAUUACUAGUAUUCCGUUUAAUUCUGGUAGUGUGUCUGGAUUCUUAUCUACUGAUGUAGUGAAUGUUGCUGGCCUCAAUGUUCAGGGUCAAACAUUUGCAGAAGCGAUUGACGAGUUAGUCUUAGCACUCGUUGUUGCGGAGUUUGAUGGUAUCUUGGGCAUGGGUUAUUCUACGAUAGCUGUUGAUGGAGUAACGCCUGUUUUCUACAAUUUGAUUAAACAAAAACUAGUGCCACAACCUGUUUUCAGCUUUUACUUAAAUCGAGAUCCUUCAGCUAAAGUAGGUGGUGAAUUGAUAUUGGGUGGUUCCGAUCCCGCUUAUUACACCGGUCAUUUCAAAUAUGUUGAUGUUACUAAGAAAGGAUAUUGGCAAUUUUUAAUGGAUAGGGUCAGAAUAACUAGAACUAAAUUCAACAAAGGUAGAACCUUGUGUAUGGGUGGUUGUCAAGCUAUUGCUGAUACAGGUAUGUCACUAAUAGUUGGACCAACAUCGGAGAUCGACAUUAUUAACAAAUAUAUUGGAGCUAAUAAGACUACUGAUAGUUCUGGAAACAUAAUAAAUGUAGUAAAUUGCAAUACGAUUCAUAAGUUGCCUAUAAUUCGUUUUAUUCUCGGUGGUAAGAGGUUCCCUCUCAACAGUAAUAAUUAUAUUCUUAAGAAUACAGAGUAUGGCAUCACGACAUGUACGAGCGGCUUCGUAGGAUCUAACUCACCGCUAUGGAUUCUAGGCGAUGUAUUUAUUGGCCGUUAUUACACUGAAUUCGAUUUGGGAAAGAAUCGUGUGGGAUUUGCCCAAUCUAAAUAAUUGCUUAAAUAAUUGCUUUUUUGAAAGUUAUUGUUAGAUAUAAAUAAUAACUUCGCAAAUGAUUAAAUAAAAUGUUUUCUUCAGCAUUUCAUGCUAAUUGUAAUGUUUACGAUUUUUAUUUAUAAUUAUCUAUGCAGUGUAUCGUUAUAGAUAAAUGUAUGUAAUAUUUUCGAAAAUUAAAAUAUACGAUAUUCAACUCAAACUAUUAA